AUGCCCGUAGCCCGUGCAACGCUCAAACAAUGUCUUUGCAAGGAGUGCAUUGAGAAAGGCGGAUAUGAUGAGAAAGGCGCACCAAAAGGAGUGCUCAUGGCCGAACGUUCAAUUGUGUCUCAUGUCUUGCAUGUAAAAAUGGAACGCGCCACAGAUAACACGUCAUCAGUUGCCAUCAUCGCUGACGAUCUUCGUCGCUUGACCCUUGCUAUGGAUAUGCCAGUCAAUAUUUCUUCGAGCUCGACAGUUUGUACUGUCGAGCUCAAACCUGACGCAGUCCUUGAUAACAUCGAGUCCCGGAUCCAGCAAUGCUUUCACUUGUUGCUGCAUUCUUGUCGCAUUGAUCAUGUUGGUCAUGAGCUACAUUUACUUCGUAAAGCUAUGCAAAAGGUUACUCGGCAGACCAAUAUCAUAAUUGCACAAAAGAAGGCGAUCAGAUCGCAGAUAGAUGGAACGGACGUGCAUAAUAUCCUGUAUGAUACGGAUGGGCCGGGAGGGAAAUUAUUCCCGAUGGAGGCGGGUGGGCCCAUGCAGGGAAUAUAUAGAGUAGAUGAGUGGGCCGAUGUACAUGAAUAUUCGGUAGACGGGUGGGCCGGGGUAGUUGGAUAUUAUGCAGAUGGGUGUAUUAAGGUAGAUGUGUAUGAGAUAGAUGGGUAG